AUGUCAGGAAGCAUUACAAACGAGGCAUCCAACCUAGCUAUUCAGGAACCUCAUGAUGACCAGGAGGUAACAUCGGAGACUGCUCCUUUGUUACCGAACGAUACCGCCAUUCCUGGAUCUGCUAAUACUGUUGACAACAACAAUAACGACGCUGCUAUCACUACUGCCAACCCCAAACAGUCGCAUAGAAAUUUUGGGUCUCACUCGAAAUCUUCACCUAAUGAAGACGAGCAGCAGGAUCAAGAAGACAGGGAGGCUUCCAUUCCAACGGAAAGAUAUAAAUUGCAUAGAAGCUACAGACUUUUUAUCCACAAUUCUAGAUGGAUCUUGAACAUUCUCAUCCUUUUGACGUCUAUUUGGCUUGUUAUGAUCUUAAUCUCCGAUUUCUUCUUCAAUAUCAGAUUCAAUAACAGGCUUACAGGAUUCAAAGGCAUGAUCCUACUUUUCAUAUCCUUGAUAACAAAUUGUUGCAAUUUUUGGUUCAACGAUUUGGGAUUAUACUCUCCAUCAGAUUACAAAUUGAAUAUUAUCCUAGCUCUGUUGACAAUUUUCAAUUUAUUAUUACUAUAUUCCAUUCACUUUACAAGAUCAAGGAUAAGUUUCACAGAUAACGCAAUCUACAUUUGGACUUCAUUGUCCUUCCUUGUUGGGGCGCUCCUUGAUUGGUCCAUCUUAAAUUACAACAAUUCAUUAACAAUACAACCAUACGAUGAAUCAAAGCAUACCAUCAAAGAAUGGAUCUUUAUAGCAACAAGAAACUUGAUUAAGAUAUUACUUCUUGCCCAACUAUUCUUCCUAACAACAACAAAUUUACUCUCCACAUUUGACCUCCAUCAUGCACAACCACCUUCAACGGAGUUCCACUGGACAGACAAAAAUAAGGUUUCUCAAUUGCAUAUCGAAUGCCAUGGCGAUGUUUCAGGAGAUUCUUCCACUCCAUUAAUAAUAUAUGAACACGGAGGGUAUGACACAGGGUACGAAUCUGCAGAUUGGAUUAAAGAAUUGUACCAUCUAAAUAAGAUAUCCCGAUACUGUAUCUACGAGAGACCUGGUUAUGGAUUUUCAGAUUCCAUGAGUAGUCCUGUAUCGAUCUCUCUUGUAGUAGAUCAAUUGCAAUACGUGUUGAGGGAAGAAUUAAAAGUGACAGGACCCCUCGUUGGUGUUGGGUUUGGAUUUGGUGGGCUAGUGUCUAGGGUAUUUUGUUCUCAGAAUUUGGAUUUGUGUCAAGGGUUGUUAUUGGUGGAUUCAUGGCAUGAAGAAUUACUAUUAAAAGAUUAUUGGAGAAAAUUGUUACCUCCCUCUAGAGAUGACAAAGAUGGGGACCAAGACAGGAAGAAAGUUUGGCUAGGCUAUGAUGAGAUUGGAUCCAGCAAUGAGUUUCCAUUGUGGUGGAAGGGAAUUUGGAAUUCCUUUGGCUGGAAUUUGCAAAUGUCUUGGCUUUUGAAACAUCAUGGAUCUAGAGAUAGGAUUAUGGGUAGAGAGAUGAAGUAUCAAGAAAAAUUCUUGAGAAUGAAAUUUUUGGAGAGUGUCACUAGUUCUAUCUUAAGUUACAAGGAAGUCGUCAAGAGUAACGAUAAUCUGAAAAACAUUAAGACUAGUGUAGUAAGUUCCAAGGAAAUGAUCAAAAGAUCUGUACAAUGGGGUGAUUGGCAGAGAACAUUAACUAAGAUUUCUCAAAAUACAAAAGAAUGGACAAUUGUAGAGGGUGAUCAUAAUAUUUACAAGUUUGGUGUGGGUAAAGACCAGUUACAAUACGUCUUAUUAAGAUUAUUGGAAGAUUGA